AUGCCUGCUCUUCAACUUCUUUCUACCGAACUCGAGAACUCCAAAUGGGAAAAUGAAGCAUUACUGAACAAGAUUCAGACAUUGAUGAAUCAAGGAUUGGUCCUGGCAAGUCGCAGAGCACCGGACAACCGCGUAUUUUCCGUUGAAGAGCUUGCAUGGUUUGCCAAGGCGAGUUACAGCAUUGCUUCCAGCGCAUUCAGAUCGACCAAAAUGGAGCCCGUCAUGCAUUUACUAGACAUCUCUAUCAAAUUCGCCGAUACGUGUCAACAAACGGAUAGAACAGAGCACAUUGUUCCAUCAGAACAUUAUCUUCUCUGCGACUCUCUCAAAAUAGCCAGAAUAGCGAUAGAAGCCCGCAAAGAAAUUAGCGUCGAUGAGAAGCAUAAGCACUACAGCGCUAUUCACAGAAUUGGUACACACUUUCGAGAGCUGUUCAAGGGCCAAACGGUCGAACACAGCACUAAUGCUCAGUACGAAAAAUGGCUUUCCCAGCACCGUACUAUCCUUGCCCUCGAUCUUGAGGCAUCUAUCUUCUUAGAAAAUUGGACCGGUGUCUGCACAAUCAUCGAGGAAGCUAGCCCAAUCUUGGACGAGAGACUCAGCUCAGUAUUUCUAGACGGUAUUCUGCGCUCUGAAGGUCACCUAAAAGCCAAAGUACAAGCCGUCAAGACCCUGCUCCGCACCCUGCACGCCUCCCAUUCCCCCUAUACAAACAAGUCAACCUUCAUGAAUCAAACCCUUCCCCGCUACAUUCGCUGUCUGUUCCAACUCUCCCUCGACGCAGCAGAGUACCAGCUCGCAGAGUCAAUUCUUGAUCAGUCUCUCAUAUUAGUUCAAGAAAGACAUGCAGAAGCCGGGAACAAUGCCAGUCUGUCACUACCGGGGUAUCCCGAGGACGAGAUACGAUGGCUAUCAACCGUGGCAUUCAAUCGAGCGGUGGAUUACUACCUCGCUGCAGCGGAUGCAGAUUGCCGACGAUGGGCGGGAAAGGCAAUCAACCUUGCUGAUAUGGCAAAAGAUGAUGGUGCACUGGGAAGGUUAUUACGGGGGAAAUUGGAGAUGCUGGCUUGA